AUGGACAUCCCUCCACCCCCUCCGCCAGUGGACAUUCCACCUCCUCCUCCGCCUGCGGAUAUUCCACCCCCACCACCUCCACCGCCCAGCUCUGACCUCCCUCCCCCUCCACCUCCGCCGAGCGACGUCAACGGCCAUGGAGAGAACUUGAAGAAGCGGAAACUUGCCCCUCCGAGACAGGCUCCAUUGAGUGUUGAGGAGCUACUAGCAAAAAAGAAAGCUCAAGAUGCAGCGGCUUCGAAACCCAAGUUCAUGUCUAAGAAGGAACGGGAGAAGCUCGCUCAACAGAAGCUCCAAAAAGAGGCAGCUCCCGUGAAGCAGGAUGAGCCUGUGCAAGAUGUCAAAACCGCCUCCAAUGGACGCAAUGGCCCUCCAGCUGGUCCGAAAUCCAUGCGCAAUGGAAGCAUAGCUAGAGGAUCAUCAUAUGGACGUUCAAAACUACCGGACAAGGGUUUCGAAAUGCUUCCCCCUCCGCCACCUCCACAAAGGACUGGCGGAGAAGGAGUAAAGUCGAAGAAGAACCAGAGCGAGACGGAUGUUGCAUCRGAAUUGACGCGACAACGAUAUAUGGGAGCCGAGACCAACACUUCAACCUUCUCUGCGAAGAAGAAGCGAAAGCGGACGACGGAGAAGAAGUUCAAUUUCGAGUGGAAUACCGAGGAGGAUACGAGUCCUGAUUACAACCCCCUCUACAACACCCGCGCAGAGAGUACCUUUUUCGGCCGAGGCAGACUGGGGGGAUUUGCAGAUGAUGCGAACGAAGCCGUCGCACAGCAAUACGCAAAGGCAAUUGAGCUACGAGAUCCCGAGGCUGGAAAGGCACGAGCGGCGGAGAUUCUCGAAAUGGAGCGGCGAAGACGGGAGGAAGGUGGUAGGACCGGCAUCGACAAACACUGGAGCGAGAAGAAGCUGGAGCACAUGCGGGAGAGAGACUGGCGAAUCUUCAAGGAAGAUUUCAACAUUGCCACCAAAGGAGGAUCCAUCCCCAAUCCUAUGCGCAGUUGGAAGGAGUCAGGUCUACCAAAGCGAUUACUCGAUAUUGUGGAUGAGGCAGGUUAUACGGAGCCAUCCGCUGUGCAAAGAGCAGCAAUCCCCAUUGCUCUCCAAUCCCGAGAUCUCAUCGGAGUCGCCGUCACUGGUUCCGGUAAAACAGCUGCAUUCCUGCUCCCUCUCCUGGUCUACAUCUCCGAACUACCCGCUCUCAACGAAAUGACCAAAAAUGACGGACCCUAUGCCAUCAUCCUCGCGCCAACCCGUGAACUGGCACAACAGAUCGAAAUUGAAGCCAAGAAGUUUGCAACUCCUCUAGGAUUUACCUGUGUUUCCCUCGUAGGAGGUCACAGUAUCGAGGAGCAGAGUUACAACAUGCGAGACGGUGCCGAAAUCAUCAUCGCAACCCCCGGUCGUCUAGUAGACUGCAUCGAACGGAGAGUGUUGGUCCUCUCUCAAUGUUGCUACAUCAUCAUGGACGAAGCCGACCGCAUGAUAGACAUGGGCUUCGAAGAACCUGUCAACAAAAUCCUCGACGCUCUCCCCGUGUCCAACGAAAAACCCGACACGGACGACGCCGAAGACGCAGUCGCCAUGUCCCAACAUCGCUACCGCCAAACAAUGAUGUACACCGCCACCAUGCCAGUAGCAGUCGAACGCAUUGCACGAAAAUACCUCCGCCGUCCCGCAACCGUCACCAUCGGAAAUGUCGGCGAGGCCGUCGAUACUGUGGAGCAACGCGUCGAAUUCAUCUCCGGAGAAGACAAGAGGAAGAAACGCGUGGCGGAACUCCUCCAUUCCAGAGAAUUCGCCCCACCAAUCAUCGUCUUCGUAAACGUCAAACGAGCCUGCGACGCUCUCGCACGAGACAUUUCCAAGAUGGGUUUCGCAACCGUCACCCUGCACGGAAGCAAAACUCAAGAACAGAGAGAAGCAGCUCUCGCACAAGUCCGAGCCGGCCAAGCCGAAAUCCUCGUCGCCACGGAUUUGGCAGGAAGAGGUAUCGAUGUUCCAGACGUCAGUCUCGUCAUCAACUUUACCAUGGCGGGAAAUAUCGAGAGCUAUACCCAUCGUAUUGGAAGAACUGGAAGAGCGGGCAAACAAGGUGUCGCCGUCACGUUUGUGGAUAAUGGGGAUGCGGAUGUAUUGUAUGAUUUGAAGAGUAUGAUUUCCAAGUCUGCGAUUAGUAAAGUUCCGCAGGAGUUGGCGAGGCAUGAGGCUGCGCAGUCCAAGGUUGCCAGGGGGCAGAGGGGGAAGGAUAGAGGGUGGGAUGAGAUUAAAUGA